ACAGCAUCUUAGUCAAAUCAUACCUAAUCUGCGUUCCUAUCUAGAGGAAGAUACUCACUCAACGAAACCAGUAGAACAUCAAAAUAUAGCCAACAGGGGAACACUAUCAUCAAAAUCAUCGUCUCCAGUUUCAAGCAAAAGUAAAAGACAUUCUAUGAUUGAUAUGAAGCAUUCAACUUCCCCAACGCCUAUCAAUGAUGAAAAAGUUGAAGUGUCAUCUAUGAAAAGCUCAAAUAUGAUGCCAUCAACGACAUCCAACCUUAAACGACGCUCUGCUAACGUAAUACUUAAUAAUACCACUGCUCCUACUAUUGCUGUUGCCCCACGAUCAAAACUGCUACAACAAGCCAAAGAGAAGCAAGAAACGAGUAAAAAAACCAUCGCUGCGAAUUCUUCUAAAAUUACUCCAGCAACAACAAUAAGCACUUCGACCUCGCUGACACCCAAAAGCUCGUCCUCUGUCUUAUUAAAACAACCCAGAGUCAAUGCUGCUAUGAGAGCAAGAGCAGAGCAUGCCAGGCUGCAAAAAGAAGAGAUGGAGCGCAAGAAGAAUCAACCGCCCCCAGGUUCGUCAAUUAGUAUGAGAUUAAAACAAAGAGCAAACUCUGGGAUAGACUGGGAAUCUAUUAAAAAAGAAAGGCGAAAAACGGCAAAAUAAAUGAGGUAAUAACUUCAAAUUGAAAGUGAUUUACCUGGAAACGGAAUACAACAAAAAUUAAACCAUGAUCAAAGCGAUGAUUGGCGAAAAAACUAACUGAGCUUAUGCUAAAUAGACCUGGCACUAUUUGCAAUAGAGCCCUUCUUCC